GCGACUGCGCACCAGGCACCACGAAGCCGUCCAGAAGGGGCAGAAGGUCCUGAUGGUGGUGCUGAUGGUGCUCCUCCGGACCGCCGGACGUCUGGACUGGGUGAUGUCUGAAAAUGACGUCUGACAAGUGAAGAUCUAACCUCUCCCCCUCCGUUUUGUACACAAUUUACACCCGCAUUUUUGUCACGGUGCGACGAAAGAGCCCGCCCGUAAAGGAGGUUAACCAUGGACGACGAUGCGGCCGCGCUGCAGAAUCUGGAGCAGCUCAUGACGGAGUUCUUCUGCCCGGAGACGACGAACGAGAGGAAACGCAUCAUCGAGCGCAGCUUUCAGGAGUUCGCCGGGCAGAUAGAUUCCUGGAAACCGUGUCUACAUUUCCUGUCCUCCACGAGCAACCACUACGUCAGUAUGUUCGCGCUGUCCACUCUGGAGACGACUAUCAGCAGACGGUGGCCAAUCCUUCCAUGGGAAGACAGAGCUCUCACGAGAUCCACCUUGUACACCCUGUCGCUGGAGAGAGAUGUUGCGUCCUUCGUGAGGAACAAAGUAGUGAAAUUGGUAGUGGACAUAGCGCGGCACGACUGGCCACAUUUCUAUCCGGAUUUUUACUCUAAUAUUUUACAGCUGCUAAGCCACAAACACACAAGAUUGCUGGGACUCGUGUAUUUGCGAACAGCCUCGGAGGAGCUGGCCACGCCGAGGGAGGAUUUACCGAUGCACAGGAAAAGCGAGCUGUUCAGAUUAUUAAGUGCACAAGUGCCUCUAACUUUGGAUACGCUUACAGUUCUUCUGCGAGAAACCACGAAACUGCAAAGCCGUUCCGGGACCGUGACGCCACCUCCGUCGCCCACCAGUGGACAAAGUCUUGCACCGGCGCGCGCAGUGCUGGACGUCGAGGGGCUGGCGACAGGCACCAGUGAAGUUUGUACCGCCACUCUCGAGGUUCUGGCGCAUCUGUUCAGUUGGAUAGACGUGACGUCGGGCAGCAUCUCCACUAACUUGUUGGAUGCCAUUUUCUCAUGUGCCAAGUACCACGAUGCAAUGAAUAGCAAGCAAAUUGAGAUGGCCGUUCAAGCCUUGACUACGAUCAAUGAGCUUUUGUACCGACCACUCUGCUCGCCCGACUCAGCCGACACGUUGUUACUGGAGAUAUUUCAGAAUGGCGUUGGUUUAUUCCAAUUAAUGGAACGUCUGGACUCGGUAGAGGAGAGCUACAUGGAGAAAAUGACGGAGUUUUUGCAAUUGUUUAUAACGAAUCACCUGAAGAGAAUGGAGUCGAGCUCAAAGUUUCCAGUAAACACGUUACUUGAAGUACUGUGCCAUCAUACAUUCCAGCAAGCGUCCACGGUAAACGGAUACUUGCAUUGUCUAGACGUUUGGACCAUGCUUUUGGAGAGCACUCAGUCGCGAUACUCUGCCGUCGCCUUGGCCCUGGCCGAACGGAUCUUACAAAAAAUGAGCUUUAAACUCAACGCCCGGGUAUUGCGAGAUCUCGACACGGAAUGUUUGGACGAGAAUGAAGAGACCGAGUGGCAGCAUUUUCUGAGAUGCAAUAUAGAAUGUUUGGCAAAGAUUGCCGACAUAUCACCUAUCCCGAUAUUUACGUUAUUGUACCGUUCGUGGAGAGAAGGAUUAGUCGUUUUCGGUGAAUUAGGCGCGGCAGUCUCGAAUGGUCAAGUUAUUUUAUUGAAUGACGCAGAAGCGUCGAACGUGCAUGCACAUCUGAGAGAUCUCGCGUCGACCACGCAAGCUUUGACCAGGCUAUACUCUCUUUUCAUCGGCGAUCAAACGAAUAUCGAUCAAAGUUUAGCCGAGGAAGUUGUGCUACAAACCCUGGAAGCGUGUAUGUUUGCGAGAGAUAAUCAACUGUACAAAGCGGCGAUCCAGCCAGCCGCUAUCGUAUUAGAUCUCAUAGAAGUACAUUCACAGCUUUUGGCUUCUCUUCAAGCGUGGUGCCAUUGGAUAGCCAGAAGACUGGAGAAGGUUAAGGAAACGCUCUGUCAGCGUUGCAUCGAUUCGUGUAUCUGGGCGACGACGUACACCGCGUCCUGCGACCAUGCGCCUCCUUCGAAUCUCAUUCACUCUGCCAUUCACCUCUUCCAAAGUAUCACCGCCAUUUUGAAGCCCAUCUUAUGGGACCAACCGACUUUCCGGAAUCUAAUUUCCAUGGGGACGUAUCCGUAUUUGAAGUCAGAUACGAUUAAAGUUCUACGUAGGGCAUUGAUAAAUGGAAUAAUAUUACCACCUGGUGAUGCGGUAAUAAGGCAACGGUUGUUGGGUACUAUGAUAUUAGCUGUGUCAGCACCUCUGGGUCUGCAAGGACAACCAGUGCCUUCAGAGUCGACAAUUUCGAUUACGAUAAUGCCACUAACUCAGCUGCUAGAAGAUUGCGCGUCAUCGUCUACGACUAUAAAGAAGAUGUUGCACUCGUGUCUAGAAUUAAUCAUAAACAGGACAUUAGAAUUAUUGUCUUGUGUGAUAAGGUGCCAGAGCAUAUGCGAAUUACUACUUAGCUUUCUACACUCGGCAUUUUCAGUAUUACAACAACAACUGGGCCCUGAAUUUAUGCAGAGCGCAGUUCAAGGCAUGCUCCAACUUUAUACCAGGGAAAAUAUUUCUGCUGGUCCUGCGUUGGAUCAGUUACUGGAAAUUUUGAUACUCGUCGUAUCAGCACCCAGCAAUGCAUUUAAAGCAUUUGUUCCUUCGGUAACGAGUCUGUGUUUGGGUCAAGUAUGGCCUGCCGUUGGAAGCAACUUGAGCGCUCAUCCGGAUACGACGUUAGUCUUAUUGAAACUUUUUCACAGUAUUCUUAUACAUCGAUGGCAGUAUUUCUAUAAUACCUCGAUAUUGCGGACUCUUGGACAUCCCGAAGAAGACGAGCCUGUCGAGCACAAAGAAGAGUUGGUAGCAAUUUUGGAGGCUUUCGGUCAAGCUCUACUUCAGUCAGAUGUCAAUAUAUUCCGACAGAGCUUGCAGAGCCUCGAACAGUUAAAUAUCAGAUGGCGACUUUAUCAACGGGCCGUAUUUAAGGUUCAUCUUCUCGAGAGAUUUCUGAUGGCGUUGUUCACAGUUCUAUUUCAACAAUCCCACAACUUGUUGGCAGAUGAGAUAGCCGCGGCUAUUCACAGUCUAGCGUCUGUUAACAUAGGAUGGUUCUUUGGUCACUUUUUGCCAACGUUCUUGGCAACUUGUGAAGGCGUAGACGAUAUGCAGAGAGCCACCUUGUUGGGGAAUUUUGAUAAAUCCACGGAUCAACCCACUUUGACCAGAUCAGUACUCCAGCUCAUUUCAGAUUUAAGAUGUUACCAGCUGUGUAGACCGGGUUGAAGCGCGACUCGAUAGAGUAUUCACGACGAAAUUAUUCCACAAGACUUCUACAGUGGCAUUUAAAUGAAAUCAACAUUUCCACCGAAUCUCUCCUACAGAGUGCCUCUAGAUACAGAUACGAGAGACAUUAACCGUAAUGAAACGAAAAAAGACAAAAACCUUUUGUAAAAAUUUACCAUUCUGUGUAUACCACUGCCGCACCAUCGUUUGUGAUGUUGUAAAUGUUAUUAUUGCGAAUAAAACGCGUCUUUUUAUAUGUCCUAAAA